AUGGAGAAACUAAGUAAGUUAUACCUGACCGUUGGAAUUGAGCUGUUGAACCCCCAGGCGGACCAUACGAAGUCGCUGGGGCAGGGUAGUAAGAAGGAUGGGCGGCUGCAUCAGCCUGACCCGAGAACGGUUACUGGGACCAAGAUGUACUGGGUGGAUCGAGGGACAACCGCCCUGGAGGUUGACCGACGAAUGGGUCUUGCUGAAUGGGCUGAGGAGUCUGUGCGAGGUGCUGUGAACCAAGGGGGGACGGGAGGCGGCCAGGGAUGCUGA